AUGGAACUGGCUGUGAGACCCAGCACCUGCAGCGCUUCUGGCUGCCUUUGCGCGGGCCAACUGGGCCGACGUUUGGAUCUGGUGGAAGCCAAGGUCUUGUCACAUUGGCAUGAAUUCUUGCUGUACAAGUCAGAAGCCCAACGGAAGUUCGAGGACCUGUUCGCUCGGCGCCGAGGGCGCUCCGUGAACGGUACAGAAGUGGAUCGGCGCCUGGAGAAGUUGGAGGAGAGCCAAGCGGAGUGUUUUGAUGUGAAGCUGGCAGAGGUCAGGUCCUGUUGCGAGGAGUCGCGUUUGGACCUGGAACGCCACUGGAAUCGGCAAGCACAGGAGGUCCAGAACAUCCAGGGCCGCAGCGAGCAGCGUCUGGAGCAGCGCCUGGAGCAACGGGGCGACCAACUGCAGAGCUUCUUCGCUGGACAGGUGGCCGAGUUGCACCGAGAGCUCCGGGACUCGGUGCAGGGCCAGGAGAAGCGACUGCGACAAGGCCGCAGCCUGCAGCACAGAUGA